AUGGGGAAGUCUGUCAGUAUGACAAAGCAUCCGAAAAUCCGGGAGAUUUUUAAUGUGGAAAACCCAGAGUCCAAUUUCUAUUCCAAGUGCCUCACGGUGGUGUCAGGACCCGACUUUGUGAACCUGACCUUUGAUAACUUUGUCGCCUUCAAGCCGAACGUGGUGAAGUUCCUAGCAUUCCUCAUCCUGUUGGAGGGCCACAAGUCAGUCGAACCAGCUGAAGCCCCAAGGCCUGAUCUGAUCAACUAUAAGAGCCUGAAGCAGCACCAGCGGAUAGAUAACCUAACUAACGCCUUCACUGUUGCGGACGAGAAGCUGGGCAUUCCCAAGCUCCUAGACCCAGAAGACGUGGCUGUACCUCACCCGGACGAAAGGUCCAUUAUGACCUAUGUGUCUCAGUACUACCAUUACUUCUCCAAAAUGAGGCAGGGUCAGACUGGACAGAAGAGGAUUAUUAAGAUUAUUCGUCUCCUGAAGGAGAUUGAGGACCUCAAACUGGAAUACCAGCGACUGGUGACUGACUUGCUGCGGUGGAUUGAAGACAAGGUGAGGGAGUUGAACGACCGCAGCUUCCCCAACUCGCUGGCAAGCAUGCAAAGGCUGGUGGCGGACUUCAAAACCUUCCGCACAGUGGAGAAGCCACCCAAGUACCAGGAGCGGGGGCUCAUCGAAGCCCACCUCUUCAACAUCAAGACCAAGCUCCGAGCCAACAACAUGAGGCUGUACGUGCCCCCCGAGGGGAAGACCCUGCGUGACAUCGAGAGGCACUGGGCCAACCUGGAGAAGUCGGAAUACGAGCGGGAGAAGGCGCUGCAGAAGGAGAUGCUGCGGCUCGAGCGCCUGGAGCAGCUGGUGCGCAAGUUCAGGAAGAAGGCCGCGCUGAGGGAGGCCUACCUCACCGAGAUGAGGUCCGUGGUUGCCAAGCAGGACGUCAGCGUGAGGAGCAUCGAGGAGGCUGUGGCUGCGGCCAAGAUGCUGGAGGCCAUCACCACUGACGUGUUCGCCCGGGAACAGAGGUUCAAGGCCCUGGCUGAAAUGGCAGCAGUCAUUGAGAGAGAGAACUACCACAGCAAGACCGAAAUCGUGAAGCGACAGCAGAAUGUUGAACGUCGCUGGCAAGACCUUCUCCAACAGCUUUGCAAACGCAGGGAAUCCCUGAACAAGACUACGUCUGCACUCGCCUUACUCCAAGAUAUUAACAGCAUUUUCCAAGAAAUAAUGACCAUUCACUCACUGGUAAGUUCGAGUGAUUAUGGUAAGCAUCUGCUUGACGUGGUGGAUAUGGUACAGAAGCACAACUUGAUCGAUUCUCAAAUCUCAUCUCAUGGAAAGAACCUGAAACACAUCAACAAGAAAGCUGACAAUCUCGGCAGGAGCAGCGAGCUGAACACUGACUUGGUUCAGGGCAAACUUAAGGAGCUCAACGAUGCUUACAGCAACCUCCUGGAACUCAGCAAAGUUAGGCGUUCUAAACUGAAGCAGCAACAGCAAUUGUUUGAGUUUUUCCGGGAUUGUGACGAGGAGGAGUCCUGGAUUUUCGAGAAGUGGCAGACAGUGCGCACGGCAGUGUUAGGCCGUGAUGUCACCCAGAUCGCAGCGUUGAUCCAGAAACACAAGGCCCUGGAGUCGGAGGUUAAUAGCCGCCAGUCAAUAUGUUUCUCGGUGGUGAGGAAGGGCCAGCACCUGUACCAACGGAGUUUGGAUUGUGAGAAGGAGGUGAGGAGGUGGGUCAGUACCCUGCAGAAACAAUGGCAGCAGUUAAAGGACGAGAUUGCAAACCGGAGCUCACGACUGCAGGCUGCACUGACUAUCAAACAGUAUUUCGCAGAUGUCAACGAGGCCCGCUCCUGGCUGCUUGAGAAACAACCUCUUCUGGAGAGUGAGGAUUGUGGAAAGGAUGAAUCCAGUGCCGACACUCUCCUGCAGCGUCACAUGCGUCUGGAGAAAGAGAUAGCAGCCUAUUCUGGCGAAGUGAAGCGGCUGGGGGAUUUGGCGGCAGUGGCCGUACAGCAGGUUCCAUUAACAAUGUGUCAGGCAGAGAACCAGGAGAGUAAAGAGACUGAGAGCUGCUCAUCUGAUGAGGAAGCAGUAGGACUGCAGACUCCACUGAGAGAACAUCAUCAAGCUGGGGCUGACAAGAACCGCUUGAAGGUGAAACUCCCAGAAAGCCAGACAGCCCGAGAGCGCAGGCAGCCUCUGGGUGCAAGGGGCAAGAUAUCCAUCACCAUCAGUGAGCCAUCGGUGGAGAGCGAGACUGCUGUUGACCAUCCCCUGGCAGAUAGUCCAAGCAGGAAGGUUAGCAAACCACGGAGAAGCCGGUCCAUGCGCCGGGGAACGACAGAGAUGCAAUAUUCCUCGACCAGCCGUCCCGACAACGACUUCAACAGCGCGGUGAUUGAAGACAACCAGAGAAACAUCAACUCCUGUUACUCUGAUCUCUGCCAGCAAGCCAAGGCUAGAAGGAAAGCGCUGCAGGAAAUGAUCCAGCUCUACCAGUUCUAUAACACCUGCAAUGACUUUGACUCCUGGAUGAACGACAAGGAGAAUGGUUUCAAAACAUUUGAACCCAAGUCAGAUAACGUGGAGGCCAUGCAAAGGAAAUACGAGGACUUCUUGACAGAGUUGGCUGCUGGGAAAGGCCGGCUGGAUGAGAUUAACCAAUUGGUGGAUGAGUUUCUCAAAACCGGACAUAGCAAGGAGCAGGAAAUCAGAGCAAAGCAGCAUGAGAUACAUAAAAGGUGGGCACAUAUGCUGGUCCUGAAAGAGGAGAAGGGGAGAGAGCUGAUCGGCACAGCGGAUGUCAAGUCGUUUCUCCAGAAAUGCCAGGACACAACAGCCCUGCUCCAGGAGAAAUUGACCCUGCUCCCCAACACGGAGAUAAGCAACAGCAUGAAGAGCGUGGAUGAAGAGAGGCGUAAGCAAGUAGUAUCUGAGCGGGAGAUCCAAGCGCUGGAAACCCGAAUUGAAUACCUGACCAAAAUGGCUCACUCGAUUAAGGACACCAAUCGCGCAGAGAGCGCUGCGAUCAUGGAGCAGGUUCACCAGAUGGAAGCACUGCUGCACAAGGUGAAGGGUCAGGCCUCAAGGAGAAGGCAGUUCCUGGCGAACGCUCACAACCAGCAGCUGUACAGCCAGGAGAGCAAGGAGCUUCUCCUGUGGGCUGGAAACAUGAAGGACAAGCUGAACAGCAAGGAGAUGGGAUUCGAUGUGGGCUCUGCUGAAAACCUUCUCAAGGAACACAAUGAUCUGCUGCUGGAGAUCAAUGCGCAGAAAAUCAAGUUCAAGAAGCUGCGCGAACUGGGAGAUCGGCUGAUGAAGGGGAACUGUGCUGGCGAGGUCUCUCACACCAUGCAGAAAGUGAUGGCAGUGCAGGCCGAGCUGGAGGCUGCGUGGAAGGAACGGAACGCAAGGCUGCAGGAAGGGCUGGAGUUGCAGCAGUUCAACCGGGAGGCUGAUCGCAUUGAGGCGACUCUGGCUGGUCAUGAAGCCUUCCUGAAGAUCAACCAUCUCGGGGACAAUGUGGACUCUGUCAGCAGCCUACUGAAGAGGCACGAAGACUUUGAGAAUGUGCUGAAGCUAACGGACCAGAGAAUUCGGGGGCUGCAGGAUAAAGCCUCCAGACUCUCCCAAAACAGCAACUACGCUAACAUAAUCCGGAAAAGGGUGUCUGUGAUCAGUGACAAGUGGAACGAUCUCAAUCGGAGUAGCAACUACAGGAGGAACAGACUGCUCGCCUCAAAGAAGCUCCAGGAGUUUAACAGAGACGUAGCUGAGCUCCUGAUGUGGAUUGAUGAAAAAUUCAAGCUUGCCUCGGAUGAGUCGUACCGAGACCCGACGAACAUCCUGCGCAAACUGAAGAGGCAUGAGGCUGUGGAGAAGGAGGUGAUGGCAAAUGAAGUGCGAGUGGACGACCUGAGCAAGGCAGGCAACGACCUGAUCGAGGAGAACCAUUAUGCCAGGGACAAUAUCCAAUCCUGCCUGACGACAUUAAAGGAGAGGUGGAUGAAGCUCUGCAAUAAGCUGGUGGAGCGUGGGGACAAAAUGAGGCAAGCUGGCCAACAGGAGCAACUCAUGGAGCUACUACAGGAUGCCAAAACAAAGCUUGAAAAGAUCGAGAAGAUGUUGCAGAAUCCCAACACAGGCCAUGACCUGCGCUCCAGCAGACUCCUCCUGAAAGAGCACAAGUGGCUGGAAUGCGACAUGCAUGAGCUCGCGGAGAAAAUGAACGGCAUUGUCAACCGGGCCCAGAAGGUGGCAACGGAUCACUUUGACUCUCAGAGGAUACUGGAGCAGACUCAGAAACACCUGGACUGGUUUGAAUCGCUCCAGAAGCCCCUGGAGCACAGGAGGAAGGUUCUAGAAGCAACAGUGGCUCUGCAUGAGUUCUACCACCACAGUGACCUGGAGUUGAAGUGGAUUGCUGAGCACAUUCCAAGCAGCACAUCAUCAAACUAUGGCAAGUCCCUGGACAUGGCACAGAGCCUGCUGCAGAAGCAGAAGGAACUGCAGGUAGAAGUGAACACUCACAAGCAGCAGUUCCAGAAGGUGCUGGAGAUGGGCCAGCAGAUGGUCAGCUCCCAGCACCACAUGGCCCAGGGCAUUGAGGCCAAGUGCAGAGAACUGCAGAGUCGCUGGGAGGAGCUGGAGUCAGCCUGUGGUGACCGGAGGAAAAAACUACAGCACUCAGUGCGGUUCCACCAGUUCAUCGCAGAUGCAUCCGAGCUGGAAGCCUGGGCAGCAGAAAAACUUCAGCUUGUGGCAAGUGAGGAUUACGGGAAGAACGAAGCUGCCACUCUGAAGCUGAUUAAGAGCCAUAAGGCUCUGGAGCGGCAGAUCCAGGAUUACCAAGGCCGUGCGGAGGAGCUUCACAAGAUUUCUGAGGGACUUCUGCUCAGGGGACUCAUCACCUUCAACAUGGUGGACGAACCUCAGGAGCAGAUUCAGAAGAGGUUGAAGGAAUUGCGGGAGUGUUCGGCAGUCAGGUUGCAGAAGUUGGAAGAGACAUUGCAAUUCCAUGAGUAUCUGAGGGAAAUCGGAGAGCUGGAGGCAUGGGUCGCACAGCAGAUGCAAACUGCCAGUUCUGAGGAUUACGGCAAUGACUAUCAACAUGUGCUGCACCUGAGGGCACUCUACGAAGACUUCCUGCACCUGGUGGAGGCUGGUGAAGAGAGGAUCCAGGGGGUUCAGACCUUGGUGAAGAAGCUGCUGGAAAACAACCAUCCUCAGUCCCAGGAAAUCACACUCAGGAAGGAUGCACUCAGGAAUUUAUGGAGCAGUUUGCAGGAACGAGCUCGCAUCCGGGGACAGAAGCUCAGUGAUGCAGAAGCAGUUCACAAGUGCAGCCAGGAUCUCUGUGAUGCUUUGACCCAUAUCAAGGAGAAACUGAAAAGUUUUCCUGAUGAAAUUGCAAAGGACCUGCGGGGCGUUCAGGCACAACUGCGGAGACAUGAGGCACUGGAACAUGGGCUGUCUGGGGCUGAGCAGCAAUUGCAGGCUUUGGUGGAUGCAGCCGAUGAAGUCCUGCACCGAUGCUCUACACAGCAGAGUGCAGACCUACAGGACAAGCAGCAAGCUGUCGUGGAAAACUGGGAGACCCUGAGAGCUAAAGUGGACCAGCGGAGGGAAGACCUGGAACAUGCCUGUAAAAUCCAGAGGUUCCUGGCGCAGGCCCGGGAUUACUUCUCCUGGUCAGCUGAACUGCUGAGGGAGAUGAAAGUGGAGGAAGCAACGCGUGACAGUUCCAUGACGGAUUUAAAACGGACCCAGCACCAGCAGCUCCGAGCAGAAAUUGAUGCCAGAGAAGAGACCUUUGAGCAAGUGAUGGCCCUGGGCCAGGAGAUCCUGCGGGAAUCCUUCCCAUCACAAGACGUUCGAGAUAAGGUCCGUGCUCUGCACGAUGAGAAAUCAGGCUUGUACCAUCAGUGGGAGUUGAAGAGGAGCUGGUUGGAGAAGAUGUUACUGCAGCAGAUCUUCUACAGGGACAUCAGCCAAAUGGAAAAGAUCAUGAAUUCUCAGGAGGUUUACCUGCGAUCCAGUGAACUUGGAGCAUCCGUGGACACCGUAGAUUCCCUCAUCAAACGGCAUGAGGCCUUCGAGAAGCUACUCAUGACUCAGGAGGACAAGGUGAUGUCACUGCAGGAACAGGCGGGUAAGCUGAAAGAAGAAAGUUUAAAACGUGAAGAGGCCAGUUCCAUCCAGCAGAAGCUCGACACCAUCCUGGAGAGGAGGAAUCGGAUUAAAGAGCUGUCCCAGAGCCGCAAGAGAGACCUGAGCACUGCCCGCCUGCUAGCACAGUUCAACCAGGAUCUGAUCGAGGAGGAGAGCUGGAUAAGUGAAAGGAUGAAGAAGUUAAAAGACAAUUCCUCUGCAGAUGUUAGUGACCUGCAGGCCAAGCUGAAGCUGUUGCAGAAACACCAGGCCUUUGAGGCAGAGAUCCUGGCCCAUGAGGCCAUCAUUACAAGUGUUACUGAGACGGGUGAGCUACUGUUGAACGUGCGCCACCCCAACUCCAGCGAUAUCCGCCGAAGUAUGAGGGUGCUGCUGGAACACUGGGAGCAGCUGAAGACUGCGGUGGCUGCGCGCGGGAAAAUGCUGGAGGACAACCGGGAUUUCCUAGAGUUCCUGCAGAAAGUCGAUCAGGUCGAGGCAUGGAUCAGGGAGAAGGAGGUGAUGAUCAAUGUGGGCGAUGUCGGCAAAGACUAUGAGCAUUGCCUACAGCUGCAGAAAAAGCUCAGCAAGUUCCGGGGAGCUGGGGAUUUGACAGUGGAUGAUGCACACAUCAAAACCAUCAACAGCCUGGCCACCCGCCUGGAGAAGCAGAAUAAAGACGACAUCAGGACUGUCCAGCAACGCAAGCAGCAGCUGAACGAAAAGUGGGACAGUUUCCAGGGAAACCUGAACAAGUACAAGAAAAAACUGGCAGCAGCUUUGGAGGUUCACGCCUUAAUCAGAGAAAUGGAUGACCUUAAAGAAAGGAUGGGUGAAAAGAGCUUGUUGAUGCAAGGUCUGGACUACGGCCGAGACGUGGCGACUGUGGAGAAACUGAUGAGGAGGCAUAAAGAAACUGAGCUGGAAAUCACAGUCAUCCAGGACAAGGCAGAGGUGCUGGAAGUGAAAGCCAGAGAACUGUGCAAGAGCCAGUCUCCAGUGGGUGAUAAGCUCAGCCUGAAGCAGAGAGAAAUCCAGGAGAGUUGGCUUCGACUGCAGAAGGAAACCAAACUACGGAAGGAGAAGCUGGAAGCCUCAUACCAGCUGCAGAAGUUCAACAGGACUGUCCGGGAGCUGAUGGACUGGGCACAGGCGAUGGAAGGGCUAAUGGGCCAAGGAAGUUUGCCCAAGAGUAAGCAAGAGGCAGACGCCAUGAUAGAGGAGCACCAAGAAAGAAAGACUGAGAUCCAGGCCAGAAUGGAGCGUUUCGAUGCAGUCAGGAAUGUUGGUGUUCAGCUAGUGGCUGCAGGACACUAUGCCUCGGCGGACAUCAGGCAGUCCCUCGCGAUGGUGGAAGAGACCUGGACCACUCUGAAUGAGGCUUGGCAGGAACGCAGUACCAGGCUGGCAGAAGCCAGUGAUCUGCAGAUAUUCUAUGGUUACGUGGAGCAGAGUGAGAGCUGGCUCAGCAACAAAGAGGUGUUCCUGGCUAAUGAAGAUAAAGGGGAUUCGCUGACAAGUGUGGAGAAUCUACAGCACAAGCACGAGCAGUUUGAGAAAACAGUGGAAGCUCAGAUGGAAAAGGUGAACCUGAUGGAGAGGUUUGCAUUACAGCUGAAGCAGAACAAUCAUUCUGCCUGUGCGCAGAUCAUCCUCAAGUGCCAAGCUGUUCUGCAAAGAAAACAGAAGUUGCUGGAAAACAGCGAACAGCGCAGAAAGGUCCUGGAUCAGUCCAAACAGCUGCAGAUGUUCCUGAGAAGUUCGUAUGAGGCUAUUUCAUGGCUGAAUGAGAAGAUCGGUGUCACCCUGGACGAGAGCUGGACAGAUCCCAGCAACCUGCAGGGAAAGCUGCAGAAACAUCAGACCUUCGAGGCUGAGGUCAUGGCCAACCAGAACCGGAUCCUCAGCAUCAACACGGAAGGUGAGCGUAUGAUUGAGGCUGGGCACUAUGCUGUAAAGGAGAUCGAACCCCGGAUGAAGCGGAUUCAGGAACUGUGGAGCGAACUGCUGGAAAACUGCCAGAAUAAGAAAUCCAAGCUGGUCGAUGCGCACAAGGCACUGAACUUCCAGCGGAGUAUUGAUGAUGUGGAGAACUGGCUGAGCGAAGUCGAGAAGCAGUUGGAGCAUGCUGGCCAGCCCACUGACCUGGUGUCUGUGAAGAACCUCCUGAACGAACAGCAAGACCUGGAAGAGGACGUCAGCAGCUACGUGGAGAGGAUGCAGUCUCUGCUGGAUCAGUCUGAACAGUUUGUCCGGGACAACCACUUCCUGGCUGAGGGCAUUCGGGACAGGGUCAGCAAUAUACUCGAGAGGUACCAGGCACUGGGAGAUCCCAUCAAGGAGAGGCACCGGGCCCUGGAGGACAGUGCCUGCCUCUACCAGCUGUUCCGGGACCUCGAUGCUACCCAGGCCUGGGUCCAGGAGAAGCUGCUGCUGGUCACGGUCAAGGAUGUCGGGAACUCACUGACCGCUGUCCAGAGCCUGCACAACAAACACCUGGCUUUGCAGAAUGAGAUCCAUAACCACGAUUCCCUGAUUGAACCCAUAAUGGAGUUGGGACAGAGUCUGGUAAAAGCUGGUCACUUUGCUGCCCGUGAGAUUUCCAAGCAACUGUGGGAGCUGCAGGAUGCAGUGGAGAUGCUGAAGGAAGAGGCAGAGAAGAGGGGCUUGGUGCUGAGAGAGCAGCACACUGUCCAGCUCUUCCUCUCAGAGCUGCUGGAGGCGGAACUAUUCAUGAAGGACAGGAAAGCACAGCUGGAGAUCUCCGACUACGGGAAGGAUGAAGAAUCCACGCAGGCUCUGCUUCGGAAGGUGGAAAAUGUUGAACUGGAAUUGGUCAGCUACCAGUCCAGGAUGCUCAAACUGAGGGAAACGGGGAACAAUCUUUCCAGCAUCAGCCACCCUGACAGGGAGUCCAUGUUGAAGAAGCUCCAGGAAGUGGAAUCGGAGAAUGAUUUGCUGCUGAAGUUAACCCAGAGCCUACAGAAGAAGCUGAUGGACCGAUACCGGCUGUACCAGUUUGAGCAAGAGGCCCAGGAAAUGACCACAUGGCUGGCCAGUCGGCAGCGCCUGGCUGAUUCCCAGGACUACGGCCAAGAUCUGGAAGAUGUGGAGGUAUUGCAGAAGAAGUUUGAGAACUUGGAGAAGGAGCUGAGCACCCUGGGCCAGACCAAGAUGUCCACAUUUCACGAUGCAGUGAAAGCGUUGAAGAGACAGUCUCACAGCUUCCUGCCGGAAAUCGUGGAUCAGGCCAACGCGAUUAACCAGCAGUGGCACAAACUGCAACAAGCUGUGAGCAACCGGGCCGAGAAUCUGAGGGCAGCACAGCAGGUACACCGGUUCGACUAUGAUGUGUCUGAGCUGAAGGCCUGGAUCCAGGAGAAAGACGGCGCACUGGGCAAUGAUCAGUAUGGCCAUGAUUUAAAUCAGGUGCAGACACUGCUACGGCAACACGAAGGUCUAGAGAGGGAGCUGGGAGCCAUAAACCGGGAAGUUGACCGUAUUGGCGGAGAAGCUCGGAUGCUGGGUUUGGCGUAUCCGCAUGUCAGGGACAACCUGCAGGAACGGCUGGAGGAGGUGGCCGAGUCUUGGGAUAACCUGUAUCGGAAAGCCGGAGAGUACAAGGAGAGGCUACUGCAAGCUGAGCGCGUCCAGGCCUACGUGAGCAACUGUCGGGUUUUCCUGGCCUGGGUGAAUGAGAUGGACACACUGCUGGACUCGGAGGAACAGGCCAGGGGCAUCUUGGGAACAGAGCAGCUCUGUAAACAUCACGAUGAGUAUAAAUGUGAGAUUGACAAGCAAAGACCCAAAUAUGAAGAGCUGAGAAGUGCAGGAAAUGAGCUGAGAGAGAACACGCAUGUCAUGUCGGAGGAGUUUAUUUUUCUGCCUUCCUACAGAACAGAUAUCUUUGUGUUCCUUCUCAGCACCAGAGCUGGUGGCCUUGGCAUCAAUUUGACAGCUGCUGAUACAGUUAUAUUUUAUGAUAAUGACUGGAACCCAACUGUGGAUCAGCAGGCAAUGGAUCGAGCUCAUAGGCUGGGACAGACAAAGCAAGUAACUGUGUAUCGACUCAUCUGCAAGGGAACAAUAGAGGAGCGAAUCCUGCAGCGUGCCAAAGAGAAGAGUGAGAUUCAGCGAAUGGUUAUUUCUGGGGGCAACUUCAAACCUGACACACUCAAACCAAAGGAGGUGGUCAGUUUGCUGUUGGAUGAUGAGGAACUGGAGAAGAAAUUGCGUCUGCGACAGGAAGAGAAACGAAUACAAGAAGAGUCAAAUAAAGUGAAAGAUCGCAAAAGGAAACGAGAAAAAUAUGCAGAAAAGAAGAAGAAAGAAGAUGGAGAGAACGCUGUGAAGCGAAGGAAAGAGGGAUGGACUAUGUUGUUGACACCUUCAUUAGCAUCUGCUGAUAAUUCCAACAUGUCCUCGGGAAACCUGUCAGCGGAUGGGGAAGAGUCUUUCAUCAGUGUGGACUCAGCCAUGCCUAGCCCUUACAGUGAGAUAUCUAUGAGCAGUGAACAGCACACUGGAUCGAUUGCACCCGAUGAAAGCAGCAGCGACCUUGUGAUUGUGGACGACCCAAUGUCAGCAUCGCAGUCGAGAGCAACCAAUUCCCCGGUCUCCAUUGCAGGCUCAACUUCAGACCAUGUGAAUGGUGUUCCACAAGACAAAUCUGUUACUAAUAUAGGCCUGUCAGGGAGGGGCAGGGGCCGUCCAAAAGGAUCUGGAAGUACCUCAAAAGGUUCAGGGAAAAAUCGAGGCCGCAAGUCUACUGCUGGCAGUGCUGCAGCAAUGGCAGGUGCCAGGGCCGGUGCAGCAGCAGCUUCAGCUGCUGCAUAUGCUGCAUACGGGUACAGUGUAUCGAAAGGUAUGACAGGAAGUGGCCCUGGGCAGUCUCCCCUCUCUUGGCCAACGAGCACUGCCACCUUUGGAAUGAUGAGCACCUCCCCCUUGAGCUCCCCUCAUAGCAUGUCAAACAGUGUCCCAGGGACACCCCAGACUCCAACUGAUACGAGCACGCCUUCACCGUCCCCCAGCAAGAAGGCCAGCCGAGGCCUGGUUCAGCCCCCAGUUGUUGGGGGCCGGUAACCAUGAAAGUACUGGUGUGGGUUGGGGGAGGGAAGGGCUGCAGUGAGUGGACAGGGGAGGGAGGGCAGGUCGCAAGACUUUGAUGUUUAAGGGUUUAGAGUUGUUUUAAUAGCCGAAGUGAAAUCAUGGAGAAGCCUUUUUCCCUCUGAAUGACGUGUACAUAAUGUUUACCAGGAGAGCACAGAAUCCUUGUUUGUUUCUUUUUGAAUGUGCUAUUUUUUUAUAGAUGAAUUUGUAAAUAUGUACAAAAAAAAGUGAGAAAUCAAACAAACUGCUAUCUUUUACUAACCUGACAGACUGGUGAGAAUCCAGCCAAGUGAUGAAUAGUAAUUUUAUGGAGAGAUUGUAUGCGUGUGAAUUUUUACUAGUUUCCAGUGCUGAGAGGUAAACAUUCUGAAGUCCUUGUGUUUUAAUUUGCAGAGGCGGAAGCUAUUUCCCCUUGAGAACAGAAGCAGCAUUCAGCUUCCUGUGCCUUCCUCUAUGCCUCCUCCUUCCUCAUACCACUGUUAUGUUUGCAUCAGUCAGCUACCAGUGACUGCAAGUGGCACCUGCUUAAGAGCUGCAGUGACCCCUGGACUGGCCGGGACAAGCCUCCAAGUAUAAGUCCCGGUCUGCUGACUGUUGGCAGUCAGCGCACAUCGAAGCUUGUGAACUGUAGCAUCCAGUCUGCGUUCCCACUCCCAUUGUUACUCAUGUAAAGACUUUGGCAAUCAGUUAAUGCUAGAAAAAAGUCACAUUUACUGUUGGAAAUUCUCAGCAGAAUUGUCAGCCAACGGGAGGAAGAGAGCAGGUGCUCGCUUCUUUCUGUGUCAGAAACUGGCAGACCCACUAUGCAUUUCCAGCUCUCCUUCAGUGUGAAUAGAAAGUGGCCAUGUCGUGACCCGAUUUGAAACUCUCCAGCAGUGGUGGAAGCUGUGACUAGUUCAGGAUUAUCCUCAAGUAGCAGAGUGUUACUGCUGUGUUACUGCAGAUACCGACACAGUCCAACAAACAUUGAUAUACAGAAAUCACAUGGGAAAGGAAGGGGCAUCUGCAAUACCCACAGGAUACACUUUGUAAUCCCUGUUCCCAGCACAGUUAAUGGCACCACCAUGUGAUAGCUGCUUGAAAUCCAAAGGAUAUAAUGAUCUAGAAACCUGCACAGAACAUUAACUUUCCUUCCAAGUGAAAUUUUAUGGAGGAUAUUGCAUGGCUAAGGCAGUGCAACUCUUUGAUAAUCCAGCAUGUUAUGUACUGGAUUUGGAUUGAAUUCUGCACUCCAUCCCAAAGUUCCAAAUCUCUCCUAUGUUGCCAUUAAUAGGAGGUGCUGAAAAGAGCCCAGAGGUGGGACAAUAAUACAUUUCCACUCUAUUGUAUAGUUCUGGUUAUGUACAAACAGUACUUUGUCAUUGAGAAUGCAUAAAUCACAAGUUCCUAAGCAGAAUUCAAACUAAAUUUAACAUGCUAAUUGUUGCAGUAGAGUAAUAAAUCUGGUCCCAGCUGCAAGUUGGCUUUUUCUCCUCAUGUUGCCCACUUUCUCACCCCACCCCACUGUCUGUCCCUCUCCACUCCUCCUAUUGUGCACCCUGCAACCAUCUCUCACUGUACUACCUAUCUCUCUCUCUUCCCCCCCCCCCCCCCCCCACCAACCCCUUCCUCUCCCUGUGUCGCUCUCUCCUUCUUCCCUAUCUGACCCAUUCUAGUCUUUCUCUCUACCCUCCCUCUUGCCCCUCCAUUUCUCCCUCCCCAUCUCUCUCUUUCCCCCCCGCCACGCCCCGAUACUAUGUAUCUUCUCUCUGUCUCUCUUUCCCCACUGCUGUCUCUUUCUCCCACUCUUCCCCUCUGUCUCUUUCUCCCUACCACCGCUGCUUUCUCCUUCUCUUGUCUGUCUGUUUUUUUCUCUUUUCCACCCCCUCCCCAACAUCUCUCAGCCUGGUCUCAAUCUUCUCUUUUCUUUCCUAUUCCCUCUUGUUCAGUGUAUCAUCCUUCCUGUUACCCCCUCUGUGCUUGUGUUUCAAUUUAUUUGAGAUGUGGAGCAUUGAGUCACAGAAUAACCUUCCUGAGAACUGCCUUCUGUUUAAAUGUUCAGCCAAAACCCUGGGAGGGGCCACUGCACCCCAUUUGGGUGGACCAAAACAGAACAAAGGAAGGUCAAGAAAUUGGAGGCUAGAUUUUGAAAUCAAUAGCCAAUAUAUUGUAAAGUGCGAUAAAUACAGUAUUUUAAGCAAUGAGAACAGAUGAAGUCCUUUAACAUUCUAAAUUAUAUCAAGGUUAAAAUCCAUAGUUUAAUAUCUGCACUUAUUUCUGCUCUUCAGUUGAACCCACUGUCCCUUCCUUGUGUUGACAGGCUUGGUGUUGCCUUACAUCUCUGAUUCACCGGCUGCUUAGUUUUUCCAUCCAGUGGAAUGGAUCUGUUGAAAGACUCCAUGUAUAAUUUAGGAGACAUUGUUCUACUUGUAUGGGCAGCUCUGUGAGACAGUGUGAACAACCUCUCCCAACCCCGCCCCCCCCCCCAAAUGAAUACAACAGAACUGCAGACACUAAGAUACACUGACGUGAAGCAGUUUGAUGAUCUAAACCCUGGACAGCACCAGCCAGGGUAGAGGUGACUCUGUCAUACUCAGAUCACAUCCUUUAUCCUUUCUGCGGGUUGCAUUCCACUUCUAGCCAGUGUGCACUACCCUAACGGCUACAUCUAACCUUGUGUAAGUGCUGAAUCUCAACCAUAAAACCCAAAUUAGGCCGAAUCUGCAACAGUGUGUAUGUAAGCAUCUUCCUUUGGCCAAGUGCAUAAAAAUGUGUGCCGCAGACACUGUGUGCCUGGAUGAGAGGGGUUGCCUAAUAUGGAUCCUCUGGUCCUGUUUCAAGUUGCUGCACUCGGCUAUUUUGUGGUCCAGACGCCAUUACAUCACUAAAUGUUUGUACUUUUAAAGAGAAUGCGUGACAGUUUCAGACCCGUUACCCAAUUUGAUGUCUGGUACAAGUUGUAAACUCAAACAGAGCCCUAGGCCUUUUUUAAUUUAAUUCAUUUUCUGAGCUACAUGGAAGCUGGACCUACAGUUCAGAGUCGGGAAGGUUUGUGGAGGAUGCAUGGAAGAAGAGGCCUGGGUGGUUAAUUAUACAAUGCAAUACCAGUUCACUGAAUCAGUUUGUUCUCCCACCCUCCCCUGACAGUGCGGGCUGGUUAACUGAUUUGUUUUAUUGCUAUGCCAUAACUCAGUACAAUCAGUUAAUAAAAUCAUAAUUUGUUCAACCUUAGCAAAAAUGAUUCAGGUACAAGCAGUACAGUAUCAUAAUAAAAUCAAAGUGUCUAAAGAA